CUUGUGUUGGCCUCUGCGCUCUCUGUGACCACCUUGGCCCUCGACAAUGGCCUUAUGAGGACCCCUCCAAUGGGCUGGCUGGCAUGGGAACGAUUCCGCUGCGACACUGACUGUGAACACGACCCCAAGAACUGUAUCAGUGAGAAUCUGUUCAUAGACAUGGCAGACAGGCUCUCAGAGGACGGCUGGAAGGAACUUGGUUAUGUCUAUGUGAACAUAGAUGACUGCUGGUCCUCCAUGGAGAGAGACGAGCAGGGACGGCUGCAGCCUGACCCAAAGAGGUUCCCAGGAGGCAUCCAUAAGCUCACCCGCUACAUGCACGACAGGGGUCUCAAACUGGGGAUCUACGGGGACAUGGGCAAACACACCUGUGGGGGCUACCCUGGCACCCCAAUGGAAAAGAUCGAGAUAGAUGCUUUCACCUUUGCAGACUGGGAGGUGGAUAUGCUCAAGUAUGACGGCUGUUGGUCUAACGCCACAGAGCAGGAGCAGGGUUACCCUCUCAUGUCAAAGGCUUUAAAUGCUACAGGCCGUCCCAUUGGCUACUCCUGCAGUUGGCCCGCCUACCAGGGUGGCCUCCCCCCUAAGGUCAAUUACACUCAGUUGGGUGAGAUCUGUAACCUGUGGCGUAAUUAUGGUGACAUUCAAGACUCUUGGGACAGUGUCCUAAACGUUAUUGACUGGUUCUCUAAGAACCAGGAUGUCCUGAUACCUGCAGCUGGACCUGGACAAUGGAACGACCCUGAUAUGCUGAUUAUUGGUAACUUUGGUCUCAGCAUGGACCAGUCUCGUGCUCAGAUGGCUCUGUGGGCGAUUAUGGCCGCUCCUCUUUUCAUGUCCACCGACCUGCGCACCAUCAGCAGUGGAGCCCGCAGCAUUCUGCAGAACAAAAUAGUCAUCAGCAUCAACCAAGACCCCAUGGGUGUUCAGGGAAGACGAAUUUUAAAGGAGAAGAAUGGCAUUGAAGUAUUCUGGCGCCCCCUGUCAAGCAAUGCCAGUGCCUUGGUGAUCUUCAGUCGGCGUAAUGACAUGCCCUACCGUUACCAGACAUCCCUCAGCAAACUUAACUACACCACUGGCAGUUACAAGAUCUAUGACGUCUUCACGGACAAGACCAUGAUGCUGAAAGAUUCCACUGACUUUGUGGUGUCAGUGAACCCCACAGGUGUGGUCAUGUGGUAUGUCUCUGCACCUGCCAAACGGAACUUCCUUCAGUUUUAUAAAGGCGGCAAACUUCAGGGGUCCUUCUACGCUGAUGAUGAUGAAAACGCCAUCCCCAUCUUCCUCUGACUGCUCAUCGACUGAACUUUAUCAGCUAAAUAACCAGUUUCUGUCUCAUCACAGCAUAUUUGAUAGAGUUAACUGACAAGACCUCACACAUACAUCAUCUGGUGCUCAGCAGUGUCAAAAACUAAAUUAGGUGAUCAUAAGAGCAUGGUGCUUUCAAUUCCAAGUAAUGAAUCACUGAACUCAGGGACAGUCACUUGCAUCAAGAUAUGUAACUAAACUGAAAUUGUCUUUGAUCCUUCUUUCAGAUUCUACACUUGCAGUAUCAAUACCGAUCAAGCGAAAGAGUCCAAAACAUAGCACACUUCAUAGUCAGCGUACUCACAAAGUGUUCUAGUACUUCACAGAGCUUGAGACCCGAUAAUCUCAGUUGAUUGCCAAAGCUACAGAACUAUAAGCAGUAUUUCUCAGAAGUCUCCUACUGCUAUUUUAAAAACUUUUUAUUUUAAAGAAGUAGGACAGUCUGUGUCAUAGGCUUUAAAAAAAAAAAAAAAAAA